AUGGAUCACCGUCCACAAGCUUGGGGCCGUCCCAGAGACGAUGUUUACGGCGCCUAUGAUGCCUCAUUCAUGAACGAUAAUGGCCCCAAGCAAAACACCCAGCAGCCCAUCGUUACUGGUACCUCCGUCAUCGCCGUCAAGUUCAAGGAUGGUGUUGUCAUUGCUGCUGAUAACCUGGCUUCAUAUGGCUCUCUCGCUCGUUUUACAGAUGUCAAGCGACUCCGUCCCUUCGCCAACUCAUCGGUUGUAGGCUUCAGCGGCGACAUCUCCGACAUGCAGUAUCUCGACCGCCACCUCAUUGAGCUUUCUCUCGACGAGGCUUACACCUCCCCCGAUGCCCCGCGUCUCAACGCCGCAAACCUCCAUCGCUAUCUCGCCAAGCUUCUCUACCGCCGCCGUUCCAAAUUCGACCCCUUGUGGAACCAUCUCCUUGUUGCUGGUCUCGACGAUGACGACAAGCCCUUCCUCGCUGCCGCCGACCUCCUCGGCAGCACCUACAGUGCCCCCAGUCUGGCCACCGGUUUUGGUUCCAUGCUGGCCCAGCCUAUCAUGCGUCGCCAUGUCCCCGAUGAGGAGGCCUCGCAAAACCUUGACAAGGAGGGCGCUAUCAACAUUAUCAAGGAGUGUAUGAAGGUCCUAUACUACCGUGACGCUCGCAGUCUGGAUUCCUACUCAAUGGCUGUUGUUACCAAGGAGGGUGUGGAAAUCAACGAAGGUCUGCAGUUGGAAGCUCAGAGCUGGGCUUUCGCAGAGAGGAUCCGGGGAUACGGCACCCAAACUGUCUAA